AUGGAGCAACCGGAACGUUUUUCAGAUUAUUUGUUCGCCAAGAUGGGGACAACAACGGGCUCCGUGACGGACACGGCGGAUACCAACGCCGACCAGGAGGCUCCCAAGGAAUUGACAGGAUUUAGGAAAUGGCUCAGCGAAAAUCUACUGCUUAUGGUCACGCUGAGUGGUGUCAUCUUAGGAGUCGUUAUUGGUUUUGGUCUACGUCCCGCCCAUCUGGAUGCCGAAUCAAUAAUGUUGAUAUCAUAUCCUGGAGAACUGUUCAUGCGGGUCCUUAAAUUGAUGAUCCUUCCUUUGGUGAUAGCAAGUUUGAUAUCAGGAUCUGCCAGUCUAAAUGCUAGGAUGAAUGGACGAAUUGCUUUGCGAACAUUAUUGUAUUUUGUUUCCACUUCCUUAUUUAAUGCCAUUUUGGGCAUCUGUCUGGUUCUCCUGAUACAUCCUGGUGAUCCUGGUAUGCAUCCUGAUUUUAUCAGCUCCAAUGGACCGAGACAAGUUAACAUCUUGGACAGCCUUUUGGAUUUGGGAAGAAAUCUGUUCCCGGACAACCUAUUCCAGGCCGCGUUCCAACAGGCUCACACCGUCUACGUUCCCGCGCCCAACACGAACGCGAGUGACCUAGAUCCUGAACUGGUACGAGCGGUGCAAUACAGGACUGGUACUAACACUUUGGGCAUCGUGUUCUUUUGCCUAGUUUUCGGCACUUUACUGGGAACACUUGGACAGAAAGGUCAAGUCGUGAUCGAUUUCUUUGGUGCCAUUUUUGAAGUCGUCAUGAAAAUGGUGACCGGAGUCAUGUGGCUGACACCAAUUGGCAUCAGUAGCGUCAUCGCCGGAAAAAUAUUGGGCGUCGAGGACCUCGGUCUGGUGAUGUCUCAAUUAGCCUGGUUCAUUGCUACGAUUGUGGUAGGAGUUUUCUUUUACCAGCUGGUCGUGAUGCAACUACUGUACUUCCUAUUCGUGAGAAAGAAUCCUUAUAAAUUCUACUUUGGAUUGGUGCAGCCGAUGCUGACAGCUUUCGCCACUGCAUCCACGGCCGCUGCUUUGCCGGUUACGUUCCGAAGUAUGCACGAGCGCCUGCACGUGGACAAGAGGAUAACGCGGUUUGUCCUGCCGAUCGGGUGCAACAUCAACAUGGACGGAACAGCCCUUUUCGUGGCCGUCGCCUCGAUAUUUAUCGCUCAGAUGAAUGGAAUUUAUUUAGGAUUUGGAGAGAUUGUAACAGUUUGUUUAACAUCGACUGCUGCAUCAAUGUCUUCGGCGUCCGUGCCAUCGGCUGCGUUAGUUCUUCUGCUCAUGGUGUUGACGGCGAUCAAUGCACCAAUUCAAGACGUCAGUUUAUUAUUUGCCAUCGAUUGGUUUGUAGACCGAGUGCGAACAACGAACAACAUGUUGGGUGAUUGUUAUGCAGCUGCAAUUGUCGAACAUUUGUCCAAAAAGGAACUUAUGGCUUGUGAUGCAGCAGCUAUUUAUCAAAACGACAGAUCACCAGUAUUAAGUAACGGGCACGUCGUACCUCGCCAAACCGAGUUGGACAUAAAAGAUUCACCUGAAACCGUGGUGAUAGACAUACCAAGAAAUGGAAGUCUAAAAAAUUAAAAAACUAACAACAAAAAUUAUUUCUGAUGCGGAUAAAUCUUUGAAAAAUCCAACGCGGUGUUUUUAUUACAAAAUCUAAAUCCGCAUCAUUUUUUUUCGUAUCGUGUAUAUUACAAGACUGAUUCUAACA